AUGUCUAAGAGAAGCCAACCGGGUCAGAAGGACCAGUGCUCGGCUGGUCCUAUGGCGCCUGGUACAGCUGAUCCUCGGAACGACUCAGGAGGUGGUAGUAAAACUGUGCAGGAGGGAUCUGUCAAGUCUGCCACCGAGAGCACAAUAGAGCGGCUUGGGACUCAGCCAAUAAGUUCACUUCUUUGGGGGACAUCCAUACCGUACCUUAUCACCAAUCUUCUGAACGCUGUUGCCUACUUUUCAGACUACAAUAUAGCCAUUUUUUAUACGGGACUCGAAGGCCUCCGUGCUCAGGCUAUUCUCUAUGGAAGUGACCUUCUCUUUGUUAUUGUACCGUGCCAGGCCUUUGCAGGCGUCGCAGUUAACAUGCUGAGUCCUGCCUUGGCUGCCAACAAAGUCAUCAUGGCCAAUGUGAUUUUCAGCCACUACGUUCUUGCAUCUAUGUUCUGGGCCGUCCUGAUUUGCGCUAUCAUGGUCCCGUUAGGACAUCGAUUACUCUCAGGGGUGGACUUGACCUGGGGAACGGAAUUUGGUUCAUAUUACAAGAUAAUGUUCGGCCUGGGCGUCUUCUUAACUCCUUUUAGCAUCGGGUUUGGAAAUUUCCUUGCUGCGGAGAAUCGCUGCUUUCUGAACAUCAUGCGCUCUCUCGCCCUCUCCAUCCUCUUUGUGCUCUUUGACCAGCUUUACUACUUCUAUUUCAAGAUGGUAUAUCCCGAAGGAACCUUUAUCUUACACGCCUCUGCAUGGAGCUUUGUCACUGCACACUCUCUGGUAGCUGUUUGGAUGCUGUUUAUAAUGUUUCGCAAAAGCAUCUUGGAUAUGCCUCUCAAGGGAGUACUUAAGCUCAAUUUAGGUGUCUUUUACAAGUAUCCCUGUUGCUAUAAGAAGCCUGACCCUUUUGUUUUUAAUUGGAAGCUGUUUCUGGGGAUUGUUUUAGGGGCGCUUGGGCCCUACUUUGGCAUUGCCAGAUUGGGCAUGCUCCUUAUCAACACUAGUGCAUCUUUAGGAAAGUAUUACACGUCUGAAUAUAAGCUCCAGCUCAGCAGGGCGUCUUAUCUUACUUACGCUCGCUUCCUUGACCUAUACGGCUCAGUCACAGAAGCCUUUAUUAAAGGAUUUUCGGCAGUUGUCUCCUACAAUAUAGCCACCAAGCGCUAUGGCCGUGCUAGCGAAAUAAUGAUGGCAACAGCCCUUUGGAGCACGGUCCUUACUGGUGCCUUAGCUGCUGUGUCCCUGGUCUUUCAAAAGCAGCUCAUAUCGUUUCUUCAGCCAAACAUGAAAAACGUUCUUUCCACCGAGGACUAUCUAAUUUUCCAAUCCUAUUUGCCCAGUCUUCAAAAGUUUUUCCAAAUGGCAAUUUUGUCCUGCAUUUGGAUGUCUCCCUACUACAUUGUUAUUAUUCUUUCUACAAUUGAAAAGAAGAUAGCCAUUUCCAGCGUGCUUUCUACGACUAGAACUGUAGCAUCUAUGGUAAUGGUCUCAAUAACCUCUAGCUUCAUUCAGGACGAUGUCGACUGCAGUUUCAUCCUUGCUCUGGGAGAGGGGGUCGUAGGCGCACUGGGAAUUAUCUUCUUCGUGUACUACAUUCUGAAGUACAAGUAUUUCGCCGCUGUCGAGGAAUACCGAAUACUGACCCAUAGCUUAGAUGCACAGCUGGGUCUGAUAGAUGACUUGGAAGAGGACAGGCCUAAUUCUGACAUAACUAGUAAAAUACAGGAAAACACGAUGGUGACUGAGCUUGCAGAGUCCAUCAGAAACGCCAGUUUCGACGAAAUGCCCUUAACGGCACGUUCAGGGGUGUCUGUUACCAGCAAUAGAACACACGAUACGUUAUCUUCCACUCGGCGCCUAAUGCACAUCAGGCAAGAACUUUUGAAUAACCAGGGCCGGAGUAGACCCGUUUCAGGGAUUUCCUCGCACUCUCAUGCAAGUAGGCUGACAAGAAACCCCAUGGCUCAGAUUACACUGGCUAUUCCAGAAGAUAGAGAAGGAGUAAUUUACAAUGAUGAAGACGGGGAAGGAGGCUCUGCCAUCAACCAAACUGAAUGGGACCAAAUACGUAAAGCUUACAGAGACGAACUGGAUAACGAGCUCGACGAUCUCAUCAACUUUGAGAAGAAAAGGCAGAGGCUCAGUGCAGAGGAGCAAAAAGCUGCUCGCUUACAAAAACGGAUGGAAGCUAUGAAUAAGCGAGAGCGAUCCCAUAUGUCUUCUACUCCCAGAACAUCCAGGCCAUCACGCCAUAGUUCUGCAAGAAGUAAGUCUAAUGUGUUGGACUAG